CAUGGCUGAGGAUAAAUAGUUCGGAGCACGGUCUGCUAGUGCUUCCAUGUCUGUUCCGAAUGUUUAACGGAUAAUACUAUUUUUUAACCAUGUAACUGACGAAAGGAAUGACAGUAAUGUGCCUUUGCCAUUGUUGGCAUAUGUUGUAAAAGUGAAAGGAACAUUGUACUAGGAGCUACUGUAUCUUAAGAAAGAUAAUUUAAAAAAAAACUGCUGCUGAAUACUUGUGACUUCUAAGAUACGAGAUGAAUUCAGAAGUAUCUCCUCAUCAGCCAGUAACUAUGCACACUGAAGUGAUUGUUGUUGGAAAUGGCCCAUCUGCAAUUUCACUUUCCUAUAUGUUGGCUGGCAACAGGCCUUUCUACAAUGGGCUAACACUUUCCAAUGAGUUUCUGACACGAAGACUCCAAGAGAACAUGGGGAUUUCUUUAGUUGAUCAAGAUUUGCCAACAUUGAGUGAAGGCUUGGAGGGUCGAUCCAACAAUCCAGUUGCCUUAUUAUUUGACAGCCUUUUUCACCCUGAUGCUGAUUUUGGGGCAGAUAUUCCAUCUGUGUUAGAAUGGAACUAUCAGCCACAAAAUGAAAUUCCUCAUGUAAUCCUUGGGAAAACUAAACCUGGAGGUACUUGGCAGAAAAUUGAUGGUGCUAUGCAAACCAUUAGCCAGAAUUCUUGGAUGGAGUUGCCUGGAGUUCCAUUUAAGGAAUGGCUUGCUAAACAAAGGCACACAACAAAAGCAGAAAACAUGCUUGGUCGUGCUACAAUCAGUGAUGUCAAGGAAUAUUACAGUGACUAUGUGAAAACACAGAGACUGAGUAAAUACUUCAAAGAUUUUCACACCGUCACUUCAGUACAGCGCGUGUUUCACUUAAGAAAUCACGUAGACAGUGAGAGUGGGGAGGUGGAGCCUUGCUGUCAGAACGUCAGAAGAAACCACACCCACUGCUGGGAGGUCAGGGGCUACCAUACAAUCAUGAACGACGAAGGGCAGCCUGUUGCACGGAGGGAGUUCUGCUACGUGGCCCCUCAUGUUGUGUUGGCCACUGGUGCUUAUGACAUUCCUAACCGCCUGGGGGUUGAUGGUGAAAAUCUGCCUUGUGUUGUGCAUUGUUUAGGAGAACUGGAGCAACAGAUACUUAACUGUACACAACCAGAUCCUGUUGUCGUCGUCGGGGCUGGAUUAAGUGCAGCGGAUGCUAUUCUCAUGGCCAUGGAGUCUAACAUUCCAGUUAUUCACGUUUUCCGACGCAAUCCUACCGACCCAUCCCUCAUUUUCUCAAAACUACCCAAAUCAAUGUACCCGGAAUACCAUCAAAUUCACAAUCUCAUGAAAGGGAAAGAGACAAAUGAGCUGUAUAAAGCUUUACCCCGACACACAAUAGUUGAAAUUAUUGACAAUAAAGUCCUGGUCAAAUCCAAACUUACAGAUUCCUUGGUCUGGUUUGACGUAUCGUGUGUAGCCAUCAUGAUUGGAUCCAGAUCUGACUUGGGAUUUUUGCCUCGUGAAGGCCGAUGUUUGGGUGUUGUCCCCAAGUGGCCCAUAGACAGCAAACACAAUAUAAUGGAUGUGGAUGCGUAUUCUUACCAGUCAAUUCGCGAGCCGCAGAUGUUUGCCAUGGGGCCUUUGGUAGGAGAUAACUUCGUUAGAUUUGCUAUUGGUGGAGCGCUAGGUAUUGUUAGCCACAUAAAUAAAUGUAGGAAAAAAGACACGUUGUAGUUUUCUUAGGUUUUAUAAAAUAAUGUAUAAAAUAAGGAUGGUUCUGGAUUAUUUCUCUUCUAUGGAAGAAAUGUUCAGAAUUUUAGCUUUUUUUAAAAAAUAAAUGGCAUGUUAAUGAACUAAUCAAACAAUACUUCUGAUUUCAAUAUUUGUCACCAAUGUAUACAAUUUAAAGUCAGUGCAAGUGCCUUAUGUAUAGAUGGGAAUUAUUUCUUUUUUUUUUAGUCAACAAUGGCUUUUAAUAUUGCAAAAUGUUGGCAUGGUUUUUUUUUGUGGUUGUCAAAAUGCUGUAACUUGUCCUAGAGUACCUUUAGAGUAAAUAUGCUUUCUAAGCCUAUGUUUAUUUGUGUACCUGUUUCUGUGUUUAUGUUAGGAUUUGUUUUUAAGUUGUAAACUGUUGUAAAUUGAUGAUCAGAUUAAGGUUGUGGUUUAUCUAUAAAAGACAAGGAACAUAUUUAUUAACAACCAGAAAAGGAAAUGGAUUUUUGUUUUAAUUCUGGCAAUUCCACAUGACUAAUAAUGAUAGGUUUUGGUAUGUGAGGGGUUUCAUGUUCGUUAUGAGAAAAAAAUCUUGAUUUCAUUUCACAGUACUUAUAUUAAUCUUUCUGUAAUUUCAUAAAAUACUAAUGACUGUAACGUUUUAAAAUUAAUUAAUGUUUAAGAUUUGAGCAUUGCAAAGCUUAUUUCAGUAAUUUUAAUGCUUGCAAGUGAUUAUGAGAUCAUAUUAAUGAAUAAUACAUUUUUACUUGAUUGAUUCAUAUAUGUGAUAAGUGAAGUAAUAAUAUUUAAUCUCUUGUGAUAUUUUUUAUAUUUGGACCUUUUUAGACAUUUUUGUGUUAACUAGUUGAUUAAAAAGUGUAUUUUUAGUUCAUUUACAUUAAUGCUGGGACCUAUAAGGUUUUACAUUGUUUGCAAGAUCUGCAUUAUUAGUAAGAAAGUUUUAUUUUCUAUAUUCGAUUAUUCAUGUAUCAAAACUGUUAUUUUCAGAUCUCAAAUAUUGAAUGAUGCAUAAAUUUUUCUUUUUUUUUAAAGUGCUAUUGUUUUUAUUUAGUACAGCACAAUAAGAGUGUAUAUCAUGUAGUAUCUACGAUUUUAUUUUAUAAAAAUCGUACAUAUAAUUUAUACAUGGGUUAUUUAACUAUAGUUACCCAGUUUUAGAAACUGCCCAGUGUAGUAGGCAAAUAUACCCUAUUGUAUUGGAAUUGAAGUUAAUAUAGUGUUAGACAAUUUAGAUGUAGAACUAUGGGAAACUUAUUAUGUUUGCAAUGUUGUAGCUGUUUAUUAUCUUGAGAUGUUCAGAGCUCUCUAGUCCCCAGUGUCUGUAUGUCACGCUGUCUGUUGUAAGACAUCUGUCUAUAUAAGUGUUGUAUGCUAACCCAGUCCAAGAGUUUUAUUAUGAUCAAUGAUUGCUCCUUAAAGGAACACCAUGUUAUACUUCAGUUCCAGCAUGGAAUCAUUCGUUUAAAACCUAAUGCAUUUAUUAUUUGAAUUGCCUUGAUCUUUUUGUUUUUGGUCAAGCGAGCUGAUUGAUUUGAAGUAUUACAUCCAACUUGAUUUAUGAGCCUUGUUUUGUUUUUUUUUUGUUUGGAGACAAAUAUUUUGCUACUCUAAAGCAUAAAAGCUAGUUAUUGGCUGCCUUGUUUCUUUUGGGUAUAUAACUAAAUAGCAUAAUUUAAAAUUAUUUUCCGUUGUUAAAAUUGGUAAUACAACUUAUUCAAGCUUUGGUUUCAAAAUCUGUUCAGGUUAAAGUCUUUAUUCUACCCCGAGAUUCAGUAUUAAAAUGUGAUUUAAAUUUCAUGUUUGGCUUCGUGCAAAUUAAUGCCGGUUUUCUGUCAACAACUGACACUGAAAAUAAUAAAUUAGUGUUAUUUGUGACAUGAAUAAGUUGACCCUAGUAAUGUUACUGUUAAAGGAAUAAGCCCAUUCAGUUUUUGGUCAGAAAGUUUAAAUUUGCCAUAUUCGUCAAAGUCUCAAAACUGUUGUUUUUGCAUAAUACAAUAAAUUUUUGGAAAGGUGCACUAUAUUUGUAAUCCAAACAUUUUAAAAUCUGUUUUAUAAACACAUUUAUUGUUUAUAAUUACUGAAUAUGAUUUUUAAAACUUUUUAUACAUUUUAUAAUGAACUUACAGCACAAAAUAUCAAAAGACCAAGUGUAAUUUUGUAAUUUUCUCUUGAAGUAAGUGCUUUGAUGUGGAUUAUUUUUGCAAUAGUUUUGCCAACAAGCAAUAAAUGAUAUGAAUGGGUCAAAUAACGGCUGCUUCGUUUUAUCUCAAACAACUUAUAUCAAUAACUUUUAAUUGAAAUUUUUUGGCCAAUUUAUCCAAAACUUUCAGAAAUAAAAUCUAAUUUUUAAAGCGAUAUAUCCAAAUUUUAAAUAGAUGGUUAAUCAACGCUGUAAAUUUAUUGUGAGAUGUUUUCUUGAAAAAUAUUUUCAAUAUUUACUUGUCGAUAACUAUUGAUGGGUUCCCUCUUUAAUCCAGAGACGCCUAAAAUUUACUACUUGAAAUGAAAUAACAAUUUCAGUACCUAUCCCUAUAACCGUAACUCUAAACCUAGAUUUUGGACAGUUUAUUUUGUUAAUAAUGAUAGCUCACUCAUACAACAGAUCCAAAUUAUUUAAAAGUGCCCUUGUUCUAUUCUUUAAAAAUGAAAAAUGCAAAGAGAUUUAAAGUGUUCUUACAAAUCUUGCUAAGAAGUCAUGUACUGGUUAUCUCCCUUUAUGCUCAAACAAGGAUCGUUUCCCUUGAAUGUAGUUCAGAUCUAAAAUGGUUUGGGCUGUGAUAUGAAAGAUCAUGACGUUGUAUUUUGCUUCUCAUUAUUAAAAAAAAAACUGACCAUGUUAUUUGUUGUUGCUUGACAUGUCUGUUAUUUUUUAAGCUAAUAAAAAAAUGGAAAAAUUUUAAA